GCCAAAUGGGUUUGGCUCACGAUCUACAGCUGAACAAGUUACACAACACUGCUUUCUCCCUUACUCCCAUCUCACGGCCAUUAUCACUGAAUCUCGUGUGUCCCUUUUGACGAAAGACAGGUUUCAAUAUCCUCUACAAAAAUAAAAGAACCCAAAUUUUGCUGCAAUACCGAAGCACAUCAUAGUUCUCCCAGAAUUAGAGGAACAUCUGGGAUCGGUGCGGAAACCACCAGAGUGUUAGCAAAAAGAGGGGUGAGAGUAGUAAUGGCAGUAAGAGAUAUGAAGAAAGCAGAAAUUGUGAAGGAGAGAAUCGUGAGAGAGAGCCCAGAAGCUGAUAUCGUAUUAUUGGAGAUUGAUCUCAGCUCUCUCUCUUCGGUGGCCAGAUUCUGCUCUCAGUUUCUUUCACAGGAUCUUCCCCUCAACAUUAUCAUAAACAAUGCAGGGAUUUUCUCUCCAAAUCUUGAAUUCUCAGAGGAAAAGAUUGAACUGACAUUUGCUACAAACUUUUUAGGACAUUACUUAUUAACAGAGAUGCUGAUAGAGAAAAUGAUAGAUACGGCCAAGAAGAGUGGAAUCGAAGGACGAGUCAUUAACCUUACUUCCGUGAUUCAUAGUUGGGUCAAGCCUGAUUGUUUCUCCUUCCCUGAAUUACUACAUCCCACUAAGUAUAAUGGUACAAAGGCAUAUGCUCAGUCAAAGCUGGCAACAAUUUUACAUGCCAAAGCGCUGAGCAGGCGAUUAAAGGACAGAAAUGCAAACGUAACGAUAAAUGCAGUCCAUCCAGGGAUUGUUAAAACAGGAAUUAUCAGAGCACACAAGGGUCUUUUGACAGAUUCUCUGUUUUUGAUAGCUUCGAAGCUCCUAAAGUCUGUAAGCCAGGGCGCAGCGACGACUUGUUAUGUGGCUUUGAGUAACGAAACCAAAAGGAUUAGUGGAAAGUAUUUUGCAGACUCGAAUGAGACAAAUUGCUCAGAUUUGGCGAAUGAUGUAUCUUUAGCUCUCAAGCUCUGCACCAACAGUCAUACCCUAAUCCAUGAUUAUUUGCAUCUAUCUCUUCCUAAUUUGAGUCUUCUGUAACUCUUCCUGAUAAAUAUCCGUUUUCUACUAAAAGAAAAUCCACCAAUUUAUUGAUGUAAAGUAAUUGUAUCAAGACUUAUCUCAUCAUCAUGUGUGUUUCCUC